AUGGCGAGCAAAUCAGUGACGAUAUUGUGCUUUCUUUUGGCGUGUCAGAGUAUGGCACUGCCGACAAGCGAGAAGACAACCGGAAGUGAGAACGAUCUAAUGGCAACGAUAUACAAUGACUGUCUUAAGAAAGAAUCAAUAAGUUGUAUAAAGUACAAGGUCUUCGCUUACGUCGACAAGAUGCUGGCUGAUAAGGAGGAUAUCAUGUUAUCGGAGGGCAUCACGGUCGUAAAGACCUCCAACGCAGAGGAAGGAGCACCGAGAUCGAUCGAAUCGACGGAUCUGGAUACUCUCCUGUUCGACAGACUCGGUAGGUUCUUGAGGACACAUUCGGUCAAAGUUGACCUAAAGGGCAGCGAUAUUUUGGGCGUCCUGGAGUCUGCUGGUCGAAAUCUCGAAGAUUACAGUGACAAUGCUGUGGAGGGUCGCGGCAAAAAAAAGAAAGCGCAGAAAAUCCUUGGGCCGAUUCUCAUGGCGAUGGCUUUUAAAGCUGCGGCUCUGUUGCCUCUUGCACUUGGUGCAAUAGCUUUGAUCGCAGGUAAAGCCCUUCUAGUCGGUAAAAUCGCUCUUGUGAUCUCCGCUAUAAUCGGUCUGAAGAAGCUGCUAAGCUCGCAACAGAAGCACGUGACGUACGAAGUAGUAGCGCAUCCUCAUCAUAGCAGCAGCCACGUUGUCAGUCACGAUGACGGUGGACACGGUGGAUAUGGUGGUGGUGGUGGUGCCGGUGACUACGGUGGUUACUCGGGUGGCAGUGGACAUGGAUGGGCUAGGAGUCUUCCGCAAGAUGCUCACGAAAUUGCUUAUCGUGCUCAUCAACCUCAACCACAUGCUUGAAUCUCAUCGGAGAAACUUUUCUUCCUUUUUUCUUUGCUUUCGUUUCUUUGUUUCUUUAUGAUUUUUUCAGGGAUUCGAUUUUUGCCACGAAUGUUUGCCAUUCCUUUCAUUAUCCUUCUCGAUUUCGAUCUCUUUUAUUUAAGAAUUUCCUUACUCUCUCCUUUUCUUAUACUGUCCGUUUUUAUUCUUCUCCUAUCUUAUUCUC